GGAGCGGCGGCGGCGGGGCCGUCCCGUCCCUUCCCGUCGCGUCCCGCCCCGAGGUGCCGGCGGAUGGCCCGGCGGCGGGCGCAGCGGCCGGGCCCGGCGGCGGCGGGCGGGCGGUGAGCGGUGCCCCGCGGGAGCGCGGCCGCGGAUGCCCGGCGGGGGCCGGGCGGUGCGGGCAGCGGGGGGCUGCGGCCCGGGGCUCGCCGCGCCCCUCCGGCCCCCCACGCCCCGGCGGCCGGGCGGGAGGCGGCGGUGAGCCCGGGGAUGGGUGUUUCUGGCCGGGAAGCGCUGCCCCGUGGCCUGUUGGUACCUGCGGACGGGCGCCCGGUGGAAAGUACCUUUUUCUCGUGAACGGUUGUAGCUCCUCGCCCUGGGCUCUCGCCAUGGACACGCUGAAAACCACCUACAUCGUGCUGGAACUGAUCAUCGCGGUGCUGUCUAUCGCCGGCAACGUCCUGGUCUGCUGGGCCGUGGCCAUCAACAGUACCUUGAAGAAUGCGACCAACUAUUUCCUGGUGUCCCUGGCAGUGGCUGAUAUUGCGGUGGGUUUGCUAGCCAUCCCUUUCGCCAUCACCAUCAGCAUCGGAUUCCAGGUGGAUUUUCACAGCUGCCUCUUCUUCGCCUGCUUCGUGCUGGUGCUGACCCAAAGCUCCAUUUUCAGCCUUCUGGCAGUGGCCAUCGACAGGUACCUGGCUAUUAAGAUCCCACUGAGGUAUAAUAGUCUGGUGACCGGCAAGCGGGCAAGAGGACUCAUCGCUGUGCUGUGGCUCCUGUCCUUUGGCAUUGGACUGACUCCACUUAUGGGCUGGAAUAAAGCCAUGAGCGGUUGUCCCAACGCCACCAAUGAGACGGGGGCUAACACCAGGACAGAGCACCACGGCUGCUUCAUCUCAUGCCUCUUUGAGAACGUGGUGACGAUGAGCUACAUGGUGUACUUCAACUUCUUUGGCUGCGUGCUGCUUCCCCUCGUUAUCAUGCUGGGAAUCUACAUUAAGAUAUUCAUGGUCGCCUGCAAACAGUUGCAUCAGAUCGAACUCAUGGGCAACUCCAGGACCACACUGCAGAAGGAGGUCCACGCAGCCAAGUCUCUGGCCAUCAUUGUAGGACUUUUUGCUUUCUGUUGGCUGCCCCUGCAUAUCUUGAACUGCAUCACUCACUUCCACGAGGAGUUCUCCAAAUCCAAGCCUGAAUGGGUGAUGUACAUGGCCAUCAUCCUCUCCCACGCCAACUCUGUCAUCAAUCCCAUCAUCUAUGCCUACAGGAUCAGGGACUUCCGCUACACCUUCCGCAAGAUCAUUUCCAAGAUCCUCUGUAAGACGGACGACUUCCCGAAGUGCACCACUGACAACAACCAGCACCUGACUGUCUCCAACAUUAACUCUCCGGUAGCCUCCGUGACCAUAUGACCUUGCACGUCCUGCUCCUAGGGUUCCGCCGUCUGCCCCCGACACUACCCUUCCCCGUGCCUACGUGAACACUUACAGCCAGCUCCCGGAGGAGUGCUCAGAGAUGACCACUAUGCAGUUAUGCAGUUGUAUAUUUUUUUUUUAUUAUUUUUGUAAUUAACAUAGUGCCUCCUAGAGGAAUAACCUGACCGGGGAGACAGCGCGGCUCACCCUCGACUGUAAACCCAGGUUGUGUGAGUGCUGGUGAUCGUAUUGUAUUUCCUUUCCAGGUCAGACACUGACUGUGGAAGACCCACCUGCUGGGGGUGUUUCCCCGAUUGUGCUGCUCAUGUCAAGUCCUAGGAUCUUUAUUUUAAUUAUUAUUAUUAUUAUUUUUUAAUCUUUUGAUUCAUUUAGAAGUAAUAAUUUUGUGUCUAGUUUGGGGUUGUUCUUUAAGUCCAUACUUGACAGCACUUUGGUAAUACCCUAAUUAUUCCAUCAAUUGUUUGAUGCAGCUCGUAUUCUCCGAUGGGAAAAAGUCUUACUUAGCCCAGUUGCUGGUGUGAAACUGAAUCUGCGUUCCAGGCUCUGAGGGACGUGACCGUGUUGAUGGGAAAACAAGAUGAGAACUGGCCGGCUAUUUUUGGCCCCAAUAUGGAAGCGCUACUUACUGAAAGAGAAAAAUUGUAGAAAAGAGCUGACUGAGGUUUUAGAACAGCCAUUUCAUUGCCUUUAAAUCACUUUGGUCUACAGGAUUGUGCAGACCGAUGCUUCGGGUUUGAUUUCAAACCUGUUUCCAGCUAUCGAAAAGCAAAAGGCAGAAGUGCCCUAAUGGGCUCAGCUAGCCUGGGCCAGAGUCGCCGCGGUCUGUGCGAACGCUCCCUUGGUGACGUGAGCUCUACAAUUAGGUUUUUGUUCCCAGGUCAAAACUUGACAGCCUUGCAGUGCUUCCAGAAGUGCAGGGUUUAGCUGUGAUUGAUAGCUGGAUGCUGCAGCUCGCCUGAUUCCUAAAACUUGGUCUUGCUGGGGUUCCUCUGUAGCCCAGUAACCCCCAGAAGCUGGGAGGGCUUUUUUUUCUAAUAGUGAUUUUUAUUUUUUUAUUGUUAUUAUUUUUUUUUUUUUUUUUUUUAAUCCUGACCUGCAUCAGUAGCAAAAGAGACUGGAAGGGAGCUAAUUUGCUCGAGAAGCUAGAAUGCCUUGACUUGCGACCUGAUUUUUGGCCAAGGUUUUUGGGGAAGAAGUUCACCCUGCGGCUGGCCCAGCCUGGCCGCUGCAGACAGCCGGGAGGCCUGGCCCCUUGUAAGGACAAAGCCCACUCAUCAGCAGAGCCGUCUUAAUUGGUACUGCAAGUUAACAGCUCUCUGCAGCCACAGCUCAGUAAUUACCGCACCUGAUUUAAUAAGUGACUGUGAUAUGCAAAACUAGACAAAGGUAGAGAGACCGGCGCGUUAAAGUACGAGCGCCACGUCUCGCGUGACGGCACGCGCGCGGCUGCAAACGAACCCGGCGUUUCGGGCACGUCCUUUGUUUUUGCAGGGCAGCUCCGUGCCACAGCCGAGAGGAACCAGGAGGGGAGCCAGACCAGCGCCCGGCAGCCUCCCUGCUUGGUGCCCAAAAGCCCGUUGUGGUACAGACACAGCUGGUCCCGACUAGCCCAGACCCGCCAUCGCCCCGUGGCCCUCCCACCAACGGGAGUCUCGCCCCAGGGCCCCUGCGUGGGGAGGAGGUACCAGCUCUCCCCCCAGCACCCAAGGCCAGCAGCAUCACCACGCCAUCGGUGAGCGGCUGGGGUGCCAGGAUGUGUGUUAAAUAUUGUUUUCCACAGUGACUCCCGUAGGGAGGCAGAGACAGGGAGCGGCCCUUUUCCAGCCAGGGAGCAGGGAGGGGAGUUUGAACACAGCCAGUUCCUGAAGAACAGGUCCAGUGGACAGACUGUGAUGCCUGGAGCAGUUUGUCCCUGAUAAAUUGUACUUGAAUCACGUAGAAAUCAGCUUUCUGGGGUUUUUUAACUGCAUUGCACUAAAAGGGGGGUACUAUAAGGCCCCAGAAGUUUCAUUUCUCUGGCGCAUAUGACAAAUAACGCGUAAAAUCAGCUGAAAAGCUGAAGAAAUCCUGUUCCUGCAACAUCUGCUGUGACCUGCAGGCAGCAGCUGCAGGUAUGGCUUAGGGCUCACCACGCAGACAGCGGGCGGUUCACUAGGAGUGAUGGAUUUCGCGACCACGUGUGGAGCAGCUCAGCCACAAGAUCCAGCCCCGAACCUUGGUGAAUCACCAGUAAAGGCUGAACGGGUUCGUACAUGUUUGUGCAAUGUCCAAAUUUAGCUACAGCUCGGUAUCUCAGAUACUGAAGAAUCUGAAUAGUUAAAGUUCCUGUCCCACGUGUUUCUCCUUUAACAGCCCCAUUCAGCUCUGCUGCAUCUGCCUUGGUCAUAGUCCAGCCAGCACACGUAGCCACCUCCUGCCAUUUGGGCAGGGUUUGACUCUCUCCUCCUUUCAUUCUUUCCCUUCUGUAUUAUCUUUGGCCGUGUUCCUUCUGUUAAUCACGUCUAGGGUUUCACCUGCAGGUCUGGCAGUGUUGCAAAGUGGUUGCAAGCCACAUUUAUCCCUACAACAAAGAAUGUAAGCUUCCCCCCGCCCCCUCCCGGCUCCUGCUGGCUGAAAAUGAACCAAACUCUGGACAGCAUGGACAGACUGAAACACACAGCGCUGCAAUACAGAGAGAGAGACGGUCCCAGAACACUUGCUCACCUGUGACAGCUCGCACUGCAGCUCGGCAUCCACUACUGCUACCUUUCGUAUCCCUCCCAUGAGCCAGAAUUCCUGUAGACACACGUGGCAUUUCCUUACUAUGACUGUGCCAUCGGGUUGUUAGCCAUUAUUAACUAUGGCCCGGGUCACCGUGGUCUUUAGGCACAUUAAGUGCCUUUGUGGAUCUGAGCCAAAGUAAUUUCAAGGCAAAAUAAAAAUAGGACACCUCUCUCACCCCCCCGGAAAAAAAAGCUCUGAAGGUUUCUAUAAAAAUGUGAAGUGAAAAUGGCAGAGGAACUUUCUGUAGCGAGUGCAGCUGUAGCUAUUCAGCUACCACUCCUUACUGCUCUGAUGUACAUAGGAUGGAUGUGUUUUCCUCACGUUGCUCAGAUUUUGUAUUUGCAGUAACUGUUAUUUACAUACAGAAUGCUUAAUUUACCACCUACACAACCUGGCUCAGCUUGUGCCCCAUUAUUUCUUGUGGUGUUGCGUUCACACGGUGUGUCAUACGAGGCCACGCUGUACUGGAGGAGGAGCCCGAUCGCAGAGCAGGGGCAGCGGGUCACAGAGCUGAAGGAGCCGGUUCCCAGCUCUGCAGCGUGGUGUGCGUCUGAUGCGGACGGCCUUGCCUUGCCUUGCCUGCCAACGUGAGCUGGUCGACUUGUUUGAAAUGGGUCAAUUUAAAAGCACAGCAGCCAGGUUCCACUUCCAAGGACCCCAUAUUACAGUAAACACAGCAGAAGCGCAGACCUGCCA